AUGAGCGACGAGCAGUACAAGUCUUUGUUGAUCGUAAACGAAUCAAAGGAUGCUAGCAUCACACUCUACAUUUAUGUCAGUUGUGAUUUAUUAUGUUGGAUGUCUUUCCGCUCCAAAAUUAUCCUUCCAGGCGAGGAAUACUUGUAUCGCAGUAAAGAUUCCUUCAAAUUCAAGCUCGUUGCAAGAUUUGAAGACAAAUCUAAGCAAACACUGUUGAAACCCAAAACUUGGGUUGCAGACAUACUCCUCAAAGUUACCGAAGACCUCCGUCUGAAAGAGGGAAAGCUAGAAGAUUUUCCAUCAGAGAAACGAGUAUGUCUUCGUAAACUUCAAAGAGACAAAAAAAUAAAAACCACAAGUGGAAAACGAAACCUGUACGCGAUUCUAGGACUAGACAUUGAUCAGAUUCGCCAUAUGCCAAGAGAGGAGCAAAGAGAAGCGAUCAAGAAGGGAUUCCGUGAACAAAUAAAACGAUGGCAUCCCGACAAAAAUUUUGGCAACGAAGACAAAGCAAAGGAGGUCAUUAUGGCGUGGGUCGUUUUAUUAGAUGACGAGAAGCGUGCUCGGUACCACAACGAGGCUGAUUACCACAAAGGUUGGCUGUCCCCUCAAGAUGGAGGGCGAUUUUCAAUCCGGAACGAUUCACAAUAG